AUGGCUAAGAUGAGCACCAUCUUGAAAUUUACCUUCGUAGCGUCGCUUGCACAGGCACAUUUUACCUUUGUGCGUCUGGCCCAUAAUGGCGAAUGGCAGGCUCCGACCCAAUUCAUUCGGAACAAAACCGAGCCUUUUGAGGAGCGGUCUACCCCCAACACAAACAAUAAUGAACGCCUCUAUAACUUCCCGACAUUCGUUUCCGACUACCCAGAAUCAGUUCGUUGUGGACGCGACAACAUGGCGCAUGCAGCUAACACCGAGGUUCUUCGUGUGAAAGCCGGUGAUACCAUCGAGAUUGCUCAUACUCGAAUUUCUCCGUCGGACUGGGCAGACAACCAGUGGUAUGACUGUCCAAAUGGCCGUGGAAGCUGCGAUCCCAAUGAUCCUGACUGGACUAUGGAUUUCAACCAUCCCGGGCCUUUGUUGGCGCAUCUCUCCAAGGCUCCUGAUGGAACAGACGUCCGUGAGUAUGAUGGCUCUGGCGAGUGGGUUAAGAUAUACUCGUUGGGCUUCGACAUGAAUGAAGACGGUUCCAUCCACUGGCUAGCUUAUAACUAUGAGAAAUUGCCGGCGCGAUUUAUUUUUGAUAUCCCCAAACAGACACCAGCAGGCGAAUACCUUUUGCGUCUCGACCUGAUCUGGCCUGGACUGUGGGAGCCACCAAUCUAUGUCUCAGACACACCCCAAAUAUACGCCACAUGCGCUCAGAUCUUGGUAGAAAGCGAUGCCACUGGUCCGCUCCCAGAAGGCAUCGAGAUCCCAGCAGAUCUCAACACUACAACACCUGGAAUGCGAACCUCGCUCAGUAUGUACAGAGGAGAAAGUAUGGAUGAUGGGUAUACAUACCCUGGUGGCCUACUUUGGACUGGGGAAGAACUCGUUGAGGAUAAGCCCAUCCUGUGA